AUGGAAUGUGAAGCCUCUCAUGGACACCAAAAACGGAGCAAACACACUAGUAGUGCUCCAUUUUCUUCUACUUCAAUUCAAGAUUCAAGCUUUAUAUUCCCUAUUCUGCCAACAGAACUCAUCAACGAAAUCCUCGUUAGGCUACCAGUGAAAUCACUCGUGAAAUUCAGGCUUGUUUCCAAAACCUGGCUUCGUUUAAUCUCUAGCUCUGAUUUUGUCAAGACCCAUAUCAACAUAUCUGCUAAUAACAAGGCCUACCACAGGCUUAUGUUGGGAUUUGAUCGACCUGAAAACAAUCUUAAGGGCUGUUCCGUUAGUUCUUUACUUUAUGAUCAUGUUACUAGGGCAAUUGACUUGGAUUAUCCUCCAAAAAAAUCCCAUCAAACUAUUAAGAUUGUGGGUUCCGUCAAUGGGUUGAUUUGCGUUGCUAUUGAGGAAAAAGACUUGUUUAUAUGGAAUCCAUCAAUCAGGAAGCUCACAAAAUUGCCUGCUUAUAGAACUGAUUGCUUUUUUUCGUAUGGUUUUGGAUAUGAUGAGCUUCAUGAUGAUUAUAAGGUAGUGGGUAUUACCCGAAGUGCGCGUCAUAUCGAUUCACCUUCUGAUGUGAGCAAAAUAUAUAGUCUGAAUAAUAAUUCUUGGAGUUGUUUGGAUGAUUUUCAGACUGGGAUACCAUUCAUGAAGUCAGGUAUGUUUGUGAAUGGGAAGCUUCAUUGGGCUAUUGCUACUAACCGUUUUAGCAGUUAUUAUGAUAAUUGGGGCAUAAUUUUUGUUGACUUGGCUGAUGGGAGAUGGGGAGAAAUAGAAAAACCUUGCUGCGGAGAAAGAAAUUCUGUUUUCAUGCCGUGCCUCAGUGUGUUGGGAACUGAUCUUUCUAUGUUUUGUAGUCGUCUUUGUAGUCACCUAGAUUUGUGGGUUAUGAAGGAGUACGGAGUUAAAGAAUCAUGGACAAAGAUGUUUACCAUCAAGUAUCCUGAUGAUCUUGUGGGGCAUAGUAUGGUUUGUCCACCCUUUUGCAUGUUAAUUGAAGGUGAAAUUUUGUGUAGGAUUGGAUCAAUCUUCAUGAUUUACAAUCCAAAUGAUGACUCGAUGAGAUUUCGAAAGGUCACCAACUGUAAUCACCUUGUUGAGGCAAAGAACUACAUUGAAAGCCUAGUUUGGCCCUUUGUUGCAGAAGGUACUAGGGAUGCAACAACAUCAGAGCCUAAAGCUCAGAUGAAGACAAUCAUGUGA